AUGAUAAAACAAGAACCAAUGAUUGAUAUCAAGUGUGAGCCGUCUGACAAUUAUGAUACUGUCAAUAUCACGUGUGAGCCGUCUAACAAUUAUGAUACUGUUGAUAUCAAGUAUGAGCCGUCUGACAAUUAUGACAUUAUUGAUAAUAAAUGUGAGCCAUCUGACUUUUAUGAAACUGUGAACAUUAAAUGUGAAAAGGAAGACUUGCAGUACCAAUCUUAUGAUUGUUCAAUGGACUCAAGUUACAAGAAGCAAGAAAAUUCACUUGAUUUUAACGUAGAAAAUGGCACACAUCUUUUAUCGGACCUAGAUAGCUGUAGAACGAUUAAAAGGCAAGGGUGGGCUGAUUCCACCUCCGGGACAUACCGUACGCACUUGAAGACGUACGUUAAGUUUUGGGAAGACUACAAGCUUAAACCAGUGCCAUGUGACCAACAACAAACUGUGGAGCUUUACAUUGCUUAUUUGUUUGACAAGAAACAUUUUGCUUAUAGCUCUAUUCGUUGCUACAUAAACAUUAUUAGUGUUUUGCAUAAGAUGCAUGACCUAAAGGACCUUGUUGCCGAUUUUUGGAAUAUUAAGCAUUUGUUAACGGGGGUUAAGCGAGAAUUAGGUGCAAGCCAAUCUUGUAAAGCGCCAGUUACUCCCGAACUUUUGUUAAAUGUUAGAAAAUCUUUAGAUAAGUCGAAUCAUAAUAAUGUUGUUUUUUGGGCCUCUUGUUUAACUGGGUUUUUCGUUUUUUUGCGACCUAAUAAUUUCUUAGUUAAGGGUACGUUUAACCCAGAGAUAAAUUUGCGUAGAAUAGAUGUUUUGUCAUGUAGUUGGGGCAUAUUGCUACGCCUUAAAGUCAUCAAGACCCUUCAGUUUUGUUCUAAGCCAAUAGAGGUUGUACUGCCUUAUUUGCAUGAUCAUCCUUUGUGUCCCGCUACAGCCAUGUCUAAUGUCUUAGCCUUAGCAGGAGAUCCAUUGGACCCUCUUUUUCGCUUAUUAGACCGAUCUUGCCUGACUUGUAUUGUAUUUCUAAAUAACUUCCGUUUUAUUUUGCAACAUAUGAAAAUGGAUCAGUUAAGAUAUCGCGGUCAUUCUUUUCGUCGAGGGGCAGCUACAUGGGGUAGUAAAGUAGGACUCUCGGAUAGUGCAAUCAAGUUAUUAGGAUACUGGUCAAGUGAUUGUUUUUCUCGGUAUGUAGACACUGAUAUCGAGGAACGUCUUAAAGCCAUUUCUACCUUUAGUUCCCUUUUACCACGUUAA